AUGAAGCUCAUGUUCUUUCCGGUGACAAUGAUUGAAGAAUUUCCACAUGUAUUACUCUAUUACAAUUUUUCACGGAAACGAGAUCGUUAUUUUUUAUCACCAUUUGAAGUUGAAGUUUCUAAAAAUGGUUCACAACGAACUGUUUGUGAUAUAAUACGUUCAUCAGAUUUUCUUUGUGGCUUACUUGAUAUCGAUCGACCAACAAUAUUAAAACAAAUUACCGGUUCAUCUGGUUCAACAACAACAACGACAGAUAUGAAUUCAUCACCAAUUAGUUCUGAAAAAACAAGUCGACGUGCUUUAUCUUGUUCGACAGCAACAAGUAUUACUGAUACAAAUGAUUCUCUAUUAACAAUGAUUGAACAACGGUUAGAUUUUAAACUUCGAUGUAUGUUUUAUUCAACUGGUCCAACAUCUGAUCUAUGCAUUUGUGCACUUGAUGUUGAUCAUAAUUCAUCAGUUCUAUGUAAUGCUAUUGGUUAUACAAAUUUAUUGAAUGAUGAUGAAUCAAAUAAUAAUAAUAAAAGUCGAAUAAAUAAAACACGUUAUCAACAUCGACAAUAUGUUCAUCAAUGGAUAUGUAUUCGAGAUAUUAUUGAUGGUUUAAUAACAUGUAAUCAUAUACUUAAAAGUAAAAAUAUCAAUGAAAUUUUAAUUAAAAUGGAUUUAUGGUUAAAAGAACAUCAUCAAAUAAAAGAUAAACAAAUAAAAUCAACGAAAACUGAAUCAUCAAUAACUAAUAUAAAAACAUUUAAAGCAAAAACACGACAACUUAUAUGGGAUUUGAUGGAAAUGAAAAAUGAAGUUCGUUUUCCACGUCCGUCUCAUGGCCGAAUACCAAAUUUUCGUUAUUGUGAAUUAGCUGCUGAAAAUGUAACUAGUUUAGAUUGUUUUAAACGAGCACGUAUUAUCAAAAUUAAUCCAUCACUUGCUCAAGAACCUCUGCGUUAUUUAACAUUAUCUUAUAACAAAAUACUAUUAACACCAACGCCUGCACUCGAAUCGGUUCUCUUCUAUAAAUUAGAUCCAAAAUAUUUACGUCGUAAUCAAUUGGAAUGGGCAGCAACAAAAGCUGGUGCUGCUGAAUUAGGUACUGUUAUACAAUUACAAGCAUUAAAACAAAUUCAUGUAGAUAUAGUUAUCGUUGCAUCAGUUGCUGUUAAUCCUAUAACUGGUGCUCGUAUAGGUAAAGGUAAAGGUUAUGGAGAUUUAGAAUACGGAAUUAUGUCACAAAUGGGUUGUGUAACAGAUAAGACGAUUGUUAUAACAACUUGUCAUGAAAGUCAAUUAAUUAAUGAUUUAUCAAGUAGUGUUAUGGAACAACAUGAUUUAUCUGUUGAUAUUAUUGUAACACCAAAACGAUAUAUUUAUACUAAACGUUCAUUUCCACGUCCAGAACGUGUCUAUUGGAAUAAAAUUGAUUCAGAUAUGAUUUCGGCUAUUCCUGUUUUACAAGAAUUAAAGCAAUUAGAAGAACAAGAUAUUAUUGAACAAUAA